AAAUCGUCACUUGGUGGAAGAACAAGAAGAAAAUCAUCAAAGAAAGCGUUAUUUUUACGAGAAAAAGACGUCAAAAACAUCUAUUAGCUUUCACAAUUAUGGAAUAACUGUCAUAGAUGCUAACCAGCUUGUAAAUUUUAAUGAACAAGCAAAUUGGACAGGGACAUCAUGAGGAAAGCUCAUCGCCUUAAAUAUCAUGGAAGACCCUGAAAAACGAGAUUUUGAAGAUGACAGCACAAGCACACAGACUUCAAACAUUGGAAAUGGUUGCGAUUUACCGUGGGUCGUAUCGUCUGAAAAACCAAAUCCAGUGUUAUCCGAAGAUGACAUUACUUCAGGAGAGUUCGUACUUCGAACUUUAUUUGCAGAAUUCACCAUAGUAGCGGAAAGAAAAAUCGAACUAGUCUUAGCGGAACCACUGGAACGGCCAUUAUCCAAGACACUUCAAAGAGGAGAAGAUAAGCAGUUUGAUCAGCUGCUCAGCUCUCUCAACACAGUAGCAGAAUAUAGCCUACUCUCUUUGCUCAAGAUAUUAUUUAAGUGGUAUGAGCUGCAGCAAAAUCUUAAAAAUGCAGAUGAGAUUGAUGGCUCGAAUAAAGCCAAAUGCAUUUCUCGUCCUCGGAGCGGUCCAGACUCACCAAAGUUGCCAAUAAAGAGCAGCAAAGAAAGAGACUACCUAGCUGAAAGAAGAGAUCUUGCCGUUGAUUUUCUGUUCUGUUUGGUGCUGAUUGAGAUACUAAAACAGCUGUGUGUAUAUCCAGUAGAAGAUGAAAACCUGCAGUACAUUGAAUCCCUAGCUUUCAGGCACUUCAAACAGAGAGAGGUUGACCCAACUGGUCCCUCAGCUGCUAAUGGACAAAUCAUCGCAGCACUAUAUGCCGAGGUCAUUGGAGUACUUGCUGUUGCACGCUUUCCAAGUAUUCGUAAGCGGUUCAUGGCUGAGUUCAAGGAGCACCAGAACAACCCAUCUACUCUGAUUAAUCUUAUUUAUGGAAUGAAAUAUUUAAGAAUUAAGCUAUUCCCUGUUGAAGAGCUUGAAGAAGGUUUUCAAUUUUUGAGGGAGUGUGCCACCUUGUUUAUUGACGCUAAAGAAAAGGACAUAAAGUAUGCUUUUGCUUCUAUGUUUGUGGAAAUACUUAUGCCUGUUGCAGCAUCAGCAAACAGAGAGCUCAAUGUCCCUGCUUUGAAGAACUUUGUAGACAUGAUGUUCCACCAUGCAUUGGACUUGGCUAAAAACAGAAAACACAGCCAGUCUCUCUACCCACUGGUAACAGUUCUGCUAUGUGUCAGUCAAAAGCCUUUCUUUCUUACUAACUGGCCAAACUUUUUGUCGCUGUGUCUUACAAGUGUACGGCAAAAAGAUGUGAAGACCCAAAGGAUUGCACUAGAGUGCUUGUACCGGCUUGUCUGGGUGUAUGCUGUGAGGAUCAAAUGUGAGAGCAACACUGCCACUGUCAGCCGACUGAGAAGCAUUAUAGACACCCUAUUUCCUAGAGGGUCAAAAGCUGUUAUUCCAUCUCCCAAAGAUGUGCCUUUGUAUAUUUUUGUGAAAAUUAUACAGUUCAUUGCACAGGAGAAGCUUGAUUUUGCCAUGAAUGAUAUAAUUUUUGACCUUCUUGGUGUUGGCAGAACAUCAAGACAAAUCAGCCCUGAGAGGAUGAACAUUGGACUAAGAGCUUUCUUUGUUAUAGCUGAUAACUUACAGAGAAAGGGAGGUGAAGCUCCCCCUAUGCCCAGCACCAUAAGUACCUUGCCCUCUGGUAAUACCAUAAGAGCUAAGAAGAUGACUCUCCCAAUCACCCUUAAUGAAAAGGCUGCUAAUGUCAUAGGCCUAGCAAACUACUACCACAGCAUCAGAAAGGCUGUGGAUAGUAUCUUGAGGGGUCUUGAUACUCAAGUUGGUAAACCUAUGAUUAUGACUAACCCACAUUGUUCUCACAAGGAAGCAGACGACAUGAUCACAGGUGAGCGCAAGUCAAAAAUUGACUUGUUUAGGACUUGCAUUGCUGUUAUUCCAAGGUGCAUCCCAAAAGGCAUGACCAAGACAGAACUAGUAGACUUUCUCUCUAGACUGACAGUGCACAUGGAUGAAGAGUUGAGAGGGCUGGCCUUCUCUUCUCUGCAGUCUCUUGUGAUGGACUUUCCUGAUUGGAGAGAAGUAGCUAUUCUAGGCUUUGUCAACUUCAUACUCAAAGAGGUACAAGACAAUGUUCUUUCCCUGCUGGACAGUGGAUUGAGAAUGCUGUUGCAGCUUCUUGCAGUAUGGAAGACGUCAGUCAGUUCCUUGGACUCAGUUCUCAAGAGUGGUGAAGAAGUGACAGUUGAACUGUCUACUCACAAUCUUCCCAGUGAAAAGGAAGUGGACAGCAUUACUGUACUACACAGUUUAGAGGGCUGUGCUCUUGUUAUGCUCUGUAGCUCAAGACCGUCUAUACGUAGACUGGCACUGUUGGUGCUUAAGGAAGUCAAGACCAUGUUCCCCUUACUGGACCCAGAUAAUAAGGGUAGAAAAGAAAAGAUCAUGAUGGAUGUCAUUGAGCAAGUUUUCCCUACUGUACUGGACAAAAUGUUGCAUACUGUUUCACAAAGUGAAAAGCUUUUUACCGGCCAGCUUGGUAACGUAGACAUAGCCAUCGUCAACGAUCGUUUGUCAGCAUUUACUGACCGUGAAACAAGCGAGCAAAUGCUUUCUCUCUGCAGCGAUUUCUGGUUGAACCUCAUGGCUGGUCUACUGGACAACAAUUACCUGCCUGAGUCUUGUCCUUCUGCUUUGCAGUUCAGUUGGCCGGCAGUCUUUAACAGAUUAGUCAACGUUUAUUCUGUAUUUGACUCAAGUGCCUCAGGCAUGGACUCCAUCUCUAGUCUGUCAUCCAUGUACAGCCGAGGACCCAAAAAGAUUUCCAACGUGGGUGAUAUAUCUCUGUGGCAAAACUAUUUGGUAUUUGCUUGCUCUACUCAUCCAAAGUCACCACCUUCUCGAAGUGAAUCUCCUGAGCAAGACAAUGGUACUUCGUCUGAAGGGUCUGAAACCAAGGGAGAUUCUAGACCGCCAUCACCUCACAUGGUAGACAGCUUGUUUAGGUUUGCUGUUCCCCUUCUGAAAAGUGACUGUUCUAAGAUAAGAGAUGCAAUCAUUGUCAGUCUUGGCAGGACGAGCCCAUCAUCUUACAGGGACUUUAUAGAGGAAAUCCACAUCCCGUGCAGGGAAGCUCUAGACAGACGUGCUGAGUCUGUUCGUAAGCGAAGAAAGAGGGAUUCUCUGAGAUCUCAUUUAACCAAGGUGUUUGAGCUUAAUGCACACUACGGCUGCUUUGCUGACAGUGCAAGUGAACUGGUUGGAGAAGAUGGCUUAACAGCAUUUUUUCUUGAGUAUAUCGAUGGUAUCAGACUUUACCUAGAAGGUGAACCAGACAAGGACUGGCCAGCCAUCAUGCAUUUGAGACUCAAUUUCUGUAACUUUGUUUACAAGUUGAUAACAUCAGUAUCAAAAUCCUACCAAGAUCGUUUGCUGCCAGUGGGUCUUCGUCGUGAUUUGUUUUUCAUGUUCAGUAGUUGGUGUGCGCACUUUGGCGUCAAAGUGCCUGGAGUUGAAAAGACUUUACUUAUUCCAAGCGCGCAAAGUAAUGACUUAGAACUAGCGACUUUACAUGCUAUGUGUGCGCUGGUUCAAUGUGGUCCUAUGUUUGAUGCCAAUGGUUUGUCUCAGAGAGGUUACCUGUACAGUUGGCUACAGACUGUCCUAAACUCACCCAAAGAGAAGAUUCAUCUUCUUGGUCGUGACACGCUGGUUCGUCUUCUUGAGAACAACAACAGUACGCCAGCCCUGUUGAACUGGGUCAUAGAUAAAUGUCAUACUAGUACGAAACUGGUGGCUAGUGGGUGCUUUAGAGCUCUGGCUACUGUUUUCACCAAGAGGAACGAUUAUCCAUGUGAAAUGAUUCCAAUGCUGAACGUGGUGUUGUUUAAGACAGCAGACGCUUGUAUUGACAUCAGAGAAAAAGCCUCUCAACUAUUGCAAAUAUUAGAACGACGGUUUUUCAAGUAUACCCCUCCAUCCAUCUCCUGUUCUGCUCACUGUAGCUACUCUCAGUCUCAAAGAGAACUGUCCGAGGCUCUAGCCAGGGCACACCCAGAGAUUACAGUCUACAUGUUUGAAGAAAUGACAUCUCGUUUCCAGAGUAGCUCCCUUGCAGGUCAGCGAUGUAUACUACAGUACAUGCUGCCUUGGUUGGCCAACAUUGAGCUGGUUGAUCUGGCUAACCCACCAAAUGCACCACAAGUAGAGGUAGAAUUUGACCAAGAAGACGAACAUCAGUUCAUUCUCCCGAUAGAGUUGAACGAUGAAGGGUGGGGUUCACUCGAGGCUACACAGUUAGUUCUAAACAACCUAUUCUACAUCACUAUUAAGUAUGACGAUCAGUUCAGCAAAGAGAUCGAAGCUGCUUGGGCAAGUCUCUGCAGUCGUUGGAUUAACAAUGUACACGAGAUCUUGAGCUACCUGAUCACACUAUCCGGUGUUGUGGGCCACUCUGAAGUACUUGUUCAUGCCAAGAAGCUAGCUGUAUACAUUGCAAGAGCCCAGACUGAAAAGACAGUAGAAGAAUUGAUGGAAGAACUUAAGUUGACAGAAACAGUAGCAUCGCAGUUUGAACGUAGUGACGGACCACCCUACUUCCGUGUGGUCAACAAAACCUCGUCAAGCAGAGACUCCAUAUGCGAUCCCCCUCCUGUAAAGAGUACUGAAUCAAAGGACAAACCCAAACCAUUGGACGAAAUAGGAAAAAAAGAAUCCAAAGAAGAAAGGAAAGAAAAGGUUGAGAGUUUACCAAGGAUGAGCAGCCUCGAACAAGCAUCAGGUGCCAAUGAACAAGGUGACGUCGCUCCUCUAGCCCAACCUGAAGACGUAGAAGAUGAAACAAUCAUUGACGAGGGAGGGCAGGAGGUAUUCUGGCCUCUAGAGUGGGCCAUAAGGGUCCAUAAGCUUCAAGGCGCACCCACCCCAUUACCUGUACCAGACAGACAGAAAUACUUUGCACCAUUAGAUGAUAUCCUGCCAUUUGCAUCUACCGCGGCCUCUUUGUACAGGUGUAACUUUGCUCUGAUGGUGCUGACAGAGCUGGUACUCGAUCAACCACAAGUGGAGUGGGACCGCCAUCUUCCCCUUAUGUUGCAUGUCAUCUUCUUAGGUUUAGACCAUGGCAAGGCGCUAGUAUAUGAACACUGCAAGCGAUUACUGGUCAACCUCGUCAUCAUUCUAGUGUGUCACGGAAAUUACAUCCACAUUGCUCAGCCAUUAUCUGACUUCAUGGCUGCCUCWGAACAAGGACUCGGCAAAUAUGGACUGCAGAAGUCUUUAUGGACACUGGAUAUUGGUAGUAUGGUGCGCUUUCCUGAYAAYUCACAAUCCAGCGCUGGCGCUGGCUCCAAGGAUCAGUCAGAACAAGCACAACGUAAAGACAGUAAACAUGAUGCAGAGUCUGAACCUUUCAAGUUUUUUGUUGCGGGCAACGAAAUUCUAGGAGAUGACCAGGAUGACAAACACGAAGAGAGUAGCAAAUACGAGCAGGUCAAGAGCUUGAUUGAAUUCCUGGCCAACAGUGCCACCAAACCCCUGUGGUCCUUCGAGGACAUCACGCCUCGCUGCUCCAAAAUCAAAAGCGCAGAACAAAUGGAGAUUUUCAUUGCUUUACUCAUCCACAUCUUCAGUGGCUCUGAUGUUGGUUAUGAAGUGCAAGAUAAGUGGGCUAAGAUGGCCCUUCAUUGGGCGACAACCUGCUCUUCCAGGCAUUACGCAGGACGAUCCUUUCAAAUCUUCAGAGCGCUCAAGGUUCCUCUCUCGUGGCCAAUGCUUAGUGAUGUUCUUUCUAGACUGGUGGAGUCUGUUGGUGAUAGUAGUGAAGAUGUUCAGUGCAAGUGUCCAGUGUCUGCGCAUAACAAGCGAAGCCAGUCCUCAGGCCCUGACAGAUAUGAUAACUCGCGUAUUUUGGAUCGCCGUGUCAUUAUUCGAGUCUGACUUCGACCAUGAAUACCUUAUGGCAGUUGAGCUGCUUAAUCAGGUGAUGACGUUCCUGAACCUAGGAAGACCCGAAUCAAGAGACCGACUGGAAAAAGUACUACAAAAGCUGAACUGGACAGACUUUCCAGGCUUACAAUCCUUAGUACUCAAGGGUCUUACCAGCUCUGGGACUAGUGAUGCUUCGAUGCGUCUUCUGGCAAGACUUACUGAGUUCACUAACAUUGCUAUUGUCGACCCGUCACAAGUCUCUGGUUUUGGCUUGAACAUCCUGGCUCUUCUCCCAUACAUGACUGAUCACUUCGAUGAACCCGAUGAGUUCUGUAAAACAURCGCAUCCAACAUUGUACAGGUGUGUCGUCGAACAAGCGGUCUAACCAAUCUCGGUAAGAUGUUCAUUAUGUACGCAGACAAGUCCUAUCCUCGUCCAAGAAGCACAUGGGUAGAGGUGGYCUGUAAAUACGUCCAUGACUCGUUUGGUCGCUACAGCAAGUCCUAUAUUACGUUCUUAUUAGAGGUUUUAGAGUAUGGUCCUCAGUCCUCACAACAAUCUGUUCUGGCUAUCCUGUGUUCUUUGAUCAAGCUGACUGACUUCUCAUCCAUCACCAUGAAACAGUUCCAUAACAAUGUCUUAAAGGUUAUUUCAAAGUACCUUAAGGGUAACUACUGGAGGGAAUCCCUAGAGAUCCUCAAGCUUGCUGUUUCAAACUGUUCCAACCUUGACACCCCUCCUCCACGCCCAGCAAGCACAGUCUGGUCUACCAGUGAUACCUGGGCUAUUGAUGCUAUACCGGUCAAGAAAGAACUUCCUGGGCGUACGCUGGAGUUUACCUAUGACUUGUCGUCCAUCCCAGUCAGUGGGAAAAGGAACAACCUAGAAACCCCUGACCAGGUCAAGGACUCUAAGAUCGUUCCUGAUCUUCCCGCGCCCAGAAAACCUAAUACGUCUCAGCGUCGCACGCGGGAACGCCUCGUACACGUACUACAAACAUGUGGUCACAAUGUGGGCUUAAAGCAAAGUCCUUCAGUGGUGUUCAGCUCGUCCAGUGACUUGGCUGUGGAAAAACCAACCGAACAGCAUUCGUCUAAUGAGGACAUAAAUAACGAAGCUUGUAAAGAUGAUCAGAUAAUGGGCGUGUUGACGAAGUUCGACUUCCUGGAUGACGUGUCGCUAGAGAGUAACGAUGAAAGUGGUUUCGUUGUUUGGCCUGUCGAUGAAUCUCACCGCGCGUCCUACGAAAACCUCGACGUACAGUCACUAGAGAAGAACACCCUACAGAGGAACUCGUUUUCUGGUAGCGAUUUGGACUUGACAACACCGCAUGAAUCGUCUGAUGAGGAGGACGAGCUAAAUCAAUCGAUGAACGAUGGGUCCGUAAGCACAACUUGUGCUGCAACAGAGUUUGAAUCAGCUGCCGAGUCUGCCGCUGAGUCGGUAGGUGAGGUGGAGGCCGAGACAUCAGGGGAUCACGAGGUGGUGAUCGUAGUGUCUUCACAUGAUAGUGGACAGUCAGACGAACGACAUGGCAGCACAAGCACGGAAUCUGCUGUUGGUACCUCGCCUUCCGGAAAAGGAGAAUACCAAAUCUACGCCCUUACUGGAGGAAUAACGGACGCAGAUGAUAGUAUUGAAACGAUCUGGUGUGAACACGUGACCACUAUCGUCAAGGAUACCACGGGUGUUACCGCUGUACAUACGUACUCGCUCUUUUGGUCGUUAUACAAGACGGCCAGGCGGAAAUUCUAUUCUUUGACAAGAGAGUGUUGUAACUACCUGGAUGACAAGUUCAAGGAGGUUUCUCAACACUUUUGUAAUACUCUGGAGUUCUUGGUGGCUCGUGGGGACUGUCCUUACGUUUGUUUGGACACGGAGACUCUGAAAAAGACCCGCUUAUUUGAAAAGCAGAAAUUCAUGACACUUGAACUCCACGAUCAUUACGUGAACUACAGCGCAAAGAUUCAAAAAGCCGCGCAGUGUUUGGACUGCGUGAAGCUAGCCAUCAAGAGAUCAUCCGUGGGGUCACACAACGAGGAGCCUGAUACCGUGACACUAGACAAAAUGUCACACGAACAGCGACAACUAGAGCUGUGCAGAUGUCUAUACCAGAUGCAUUUUCAGUUUCUAUUGCUUUGUAGUACGUACAGCAGACUUUUGGAAUCUCUGGAUAAGAGUGCGCAGCUUGCAAAGGUAACCGACCACACCCACAGAGCGAGCUCAAUUCGCACGGAAAUCGUCUCAGUUCUAGAACACCUUCCACAGGCCAGUGAAGACCACAGCACCCUUACACAGGAACUAGAGGCAUUGACGCAAGACACAGCCUUACAGAUGUUAAUCGAUUCACUCGUUGCUAAAAAUAUCGAGGGUGCAGUGUACCUACUGAGAACCUUAAGGGAAAAAUUUGGCGCCGAGAAAUUUGGAAAGUCUGAUGAUGACAAUCUGGACGUGUUGCUUACUUUGUACUGCAGGCAACUAGCUGAGAAGGACGUGGGGUCCCUCAUAAUGUCAAGCCAAGCUACUCAGUUUACACUUCUUUGUAACGAACUAAUGGAUGUGAACAUGUCCGCUCUUGCAGCGCUGGAAGAGCUAGUGUUCCCAUAGUGACUCUGACGUAUUUUCUAAUUUGUCUCGGCUUCAUUUAAUUAAACAAGGGAAGUACAUAGUAAUUGGGCUUGAAGGCAGCAGCCAUGUUGGAUGACCAAUUUUAUCCCUCCAAUAUGGCUGCCACCAUGUUACCACCCAAGCCUCUUUGAAGAAUUAUUAAUAACGGGGCAAACAAAAGCCGCCAUAAUUCACUAAAUUUGCAUCUAUUUAACGUUUCGAGUAUUUGUGAUAUUUUCUCGAUAUUUGACACAAUUAUAGCGACAACUAGUAAUUUAUCAGGCGAAUAUUCACCAUGUCGGAAAUAUUUCAAGUGGGUACGCUGCUGAAAUCAUUCUUAGUAUCACAGAAAAUUUGUUUAAAAAACGACGCAUGUUAUAAGAAAAAAUAAAGUUUGCUUGGAUUUAUGAAGGA